UCCAACAGUUCUCCGCAACCAGUCAAGCAGGCAACACAUCGUGCGAAAGAGCUCAGUUCGGAACCUCGGCUCAAGAGUUUGAAGAAGCAGAAUAGUCCGGUUCAUUAUCAAUCGCUUGGCUAGCUCAGAGCAGUAGAAAAAAAAGGGAAAACUGUCGGCUGAUUUCUGGCCGACAAGGAUUGGAAAACGACUGUGUUUUUUUACGUUCGGGUUCUUAUCAUCAACAGUCUUGUCUUCUUGACUGCCGUCGACGUCGCGCGAGGAACUAGCCAGCCUCAGGGGUAUAUUUUAUAAAAGCGGUCAGCUGGCACCAAACUGAUCUCAUUUGCUGGGCUGGAAUUGUCCCGUUUGGAGGUGUCGAUUGAAAAUCAAAGUGAAGCGAAAAGUGAAAAGAUCGUUCCGGUCAAUAGCUAUUGUUGAAGUGCUGGAAGAAUUGUCGAAGAAGUGAGAAAUCAGUUUUGGCCAGCAUGGAAAAAGUAAACGGAAGUGCAGAGAGAGAAGUUCGAGUAUGGUGCGAUGGAUGUUAUGACAUGGUGCACUUUGGACAUGCAAAUUCGCUCCGUCAGGCAAAAGCACUCGGUCACAAAUUGAUCGUUGGGAUCCACAACGAUGCAGACAUUUCGAAAAAUAAAGGUCCUCCCGUGUUCACCCAGGAAGAAAGAUACAAAAUGGUCCGAGGCAUCAAAUGGGUAGACGAAGUCGUGGAAAAUGCCCCAUAUGUGACUACACUAGAAACACUGGAUAAAUACGACUGCGAUUUUUGUGUGCAUGGCGAUGAUAUAACCCUCACAGCCGAAGGCAUUGACACAUACCAUUUAGUCAAAAGUGCAAAACGCUACAAAGAAGUGUCACGAACUGCUGGUGUCUCUACCACGGACUUAGUUGGGAGAAUGUUGCUGAUGACGCGGAAUCAUUUCAAACAAGGUGACCAAGAGUAUAGCGUCGAGAAAGAUGAAAUUGAAGCCAUAGAUAGUAUACUCAAGAAAAUUCAAAUCAAACUUGAAAACAACACAGGCUCAUCCAAACUGGGACAAGACCAUUCGGCGAGGAGUCCAUGGACCGGUUGUUCACAGUUCCUGCCAACGACGCAAAAGAUAAUUCAGUUCAGCGACGGUACACCUCCCAAACCAACGGACAAGAUUAUAUACGUUGCCGGUGCUUUCGAUCUUUUCCAUGUGGGACAUUUGGACUUUUUGGAAAAGGUCAAGACUUAUGGCGACUACCUGAUAGUCGGACUUCACACGGAUCCAGUGGUAAAUCUGUACAAGGGCGGCAACUAUCCAAUUAUGAAUCUGCACGAGCGAGUGCUAAGUGUUCUGGCGUGCAAGUACGUUAAUGAAGUGGUGAUAGGAGCACCUUACUCUGUCACAAAGGAUUUGAUGGAACAUUUUAACGUGGACUUGGUUUGCCACGGACAAACUCCCAUUGCAGCAGAUGUUGGGAACAUUGACCCGUACGCAGUGCCUAAACAAAUGGGAAGGUUCAUUCUAAUCGAUUCGGGCAACACAAUCACGACGGAAGAUAUUGUUGAGCGAAUCAUUCGACAUCGACUCGAGUUUGAAAACAGAAAUUCCAAAAAGGAAAAGAAAGAGAUUGAAAUUUUUGAGGCUAUGCAACGAGUGAAAAUUGCGGAGAAAAGCGGUUGACCAGACUAAUAAAGAACCCAGUGCAUCAUCUGCAGCUUCCACGGUUAAAGUGUUUACUCUAAAUUGAACGUUACCUUCAGCAAAUCGCUUUAACCUAAUGUUGAGUUUCAAGGAAACCAAAAACAAAGAGUCCGUGAAGAUUAAGCUUUUGAAGAACGUACAGCGCCAGUUAAUCUUUCUCAGUCAACACAGCAUAAUAAGAAAGACGCAGAGUAUGCAGGAGUAAAGAAUCAUAUAAGCUAGAAGCAGAACUAUACAUAUUUCAGUGAUUGUAAUAUUUUUUAGUUUAAUUGUACAUGUUAUUUGUUAGAUUUAUUUCCAAUUGUGUAUUAUUAUUUUAAACAUACUAUUUUUGCAACAAGAUUGAUAAAAAGAGGUUUUAUAUUUUUAUAUCAAAGACAACGCAAUUGGGAUUAAAAAAUGAUUAUUGUUGAUGUGUACUUUCACUUUUCAUGAGUUAGAAGUGCUUAUAUACAAAAAUAGAAUCUCACACCAACUUAACACUUACGCACUUGAAAUAAUGGACAGAUUCAAACUUUACAGUUGCGAUUUAUAAAGAAAUCAAUACGUGAAAUAUCUUCGUUUAUGUUUUCUUUUAGUUAGUGCAACUGAUUUGUUUAAUUAUCGGCGAGAUGUUGUAUAUUUGUAAUAAUAGGUUUACUUGCUUUCGUUUUGGCGAAAGUGAGUGUAUGUACUUUGAUUAUUGAAAGAUGGCGCUUAACCGUUAAAGACGAAAAGAAAUAAAUAUAUAAAAUAAGUUAUGCCCAGAUGUAGUUAGAUUUUGUCUGAUGAACUGAUAUGGGUAAAAAAGUUUCAAAACAAGGAGCUGUAUAACAAUCCCCAAGGAAUAAAAUUUCCUAAGAAAAUAUAUGCACGAUCAGAAACAUGGCUGUCCAAAUUUAUGGAAAAACAAAUAUAAAUGAGGCGUGUAAUAUCUAGUUCUCUUUUAAAUAUAUUUCAAAUAUCUGUUAGGGCGAGCAUUAUAUUAGACGCUGAAAUACUAUCUUUACAUUACCUACUUAUCUAUAUCUACUUUAUUUUAUGUUGAUAAUCUUGAAAUUAUGAUGUUUCCUAGCCCGAACCUACAAUAAAAAUUUCAAAUGCUUAUGUACAGAUAUUCAA